AUGACUCCCCUAGCCCAGUCCUUGCGAUGCUACACCUGCAGAGAACCGACAGAUCUCUCUGAGUGCACAUCGGUCAGCAACUGCUCUGCGAACGACACUGCGUGCAAGACAACUGUGCAUUCUGUAGACUCUGGCUACCCCUUUUUCGGGAACAUCACCGUCUCCAAAUCCUGUGCUAAGACGUGCGUGCCCUCCGACCCGGAUGGAAUUGGGGAGUCCCACCCCGACUCGUGUUGUUACACCGACCUGUGCAAUACCAGCGGAGUGCCAGAGCUGACAGCCAAUGCCUUGACAAUCACAGCUGCCGCUCUCUGGACCCUCCUGAGGGUCAUGCCGUAGUGCAGCGGGGGUCUCAGACAGAAGUCCUCCUGGCCAAGCUGCCCAGCACGUGGGACUGUUAGACACUUGAGGAAGAUAUUUCUCCAGUUAGCUGUGGCUUCUUCAAUCAAUGCCGGGAAUUUAAUGGACCAUUGGAGAUCAAACCCACCCAGCUUUGAAACCCCGGGCCAUGCUCUGCUCCCAGCUGCUAAUCAAGGGGACAUGUUGCUUCGGCAUUGACUACAUCCUGCCGUUGCACCCCUCCAGGGAUGGGGACAUGGAAGAGACAUGGCCGUUCUGCAUAGCAGGAGUCGUCAGGCAACAGGGACUGUGCAGGGGUGGGUACUGUUCUGUGCUGGGGGGAGGGGAAAGAGCAGGACAGGGCCAUGGCAACUACACAAACUCACCAGCCAAUCCAUCCAUGUAGGGCCAUGCAGGGCUGGUGUCAUUUCAGCAGGGGAAAAUUCAGGGUGCCCCACCCCAGUCUCACCUAAAGCCUGUUUUCUUGUGCAGGGGAUCCAGCAUUUAACCCCAUUUGAUUUCUUCUUCGCAGC